GUGCAGAAUUUUGGUGAAGGGCAGCGUUAAAAGGGUUGCUCAUGCCUUUCUUGCCAGCCCAAAGGCCAGCUACUCAGAGGUUUGGACGUCUUGCCCUGCCGGAUUUUCUUACAUCUUUUCCAGAUUACAUUCACAAUGUAGAGUUUGUCAUAGAGGAUUUACCUCCAGCGUUUUAUAUGAGGCAAAAGGAACCUUAUGGAAGGUAUACAAUUCUAAAUCGAGUUGUUUGUUCCUAACAAGUGAGACAGUGUCACACCAUGCUCGAAUUGCCUGGAAACGGCUACUUCAAAUUCAUUCAAGCGGCGGAGCAAUUCUGCCACCGAUAAGUAGGGUUACGUGUAUGAUGAGCCUUGCUUUGUCUCGCUCACAUCUGGUUUCUCCUGGCAUUUUGGCCUUCCUUAUCGGAGAGCUAGCAUGGAAGCGAAGUGUGUUUGCCGAAGCAGAAGGCUUCACAUCCCCGGAAUCACUCUACAUGCAUGCAAAGGAUGGACAUGUCUACCUGACUUCAGUUGUCUUCUUACUUGUAGAGGGCUUGAUUUUGCUCUUCAGAGCUGUAUACUUAACACUAUUGUUCUCCCCGUGUAUACUUAUGGCUCCUUUUGCAGACUCCCUUGGUAUUGAAUUUAGGAAGAAGUGGCUUCGUGCUGUGCGAAAAACUCUAGAGAAGGCAGGUCCAGCGUUCAUUAAGUGGGGUCAAUGGGCGGCAGCAAGGCCAGAUCUAUUUCCAGAUGAUAUGUGUAAUGAACUUGCGGAACUCCAUUCUAAGGCACCAGCACAUAGCUAUGCGUACACAAAAAGAAGCAUCGAAAAGGCGUUCGGACGCAAGCUGCCUGAAAUAUUCGAAAAUUUUGAGGAGGAGCCUGUCGCAUCUGGUAGUAUUGCUCAAAUUCAUCGGGCUACCUUGAGAUUUCGAUAUCCUAGACAACGGGUUAAACCCAUUCGUGUGGCCGUCAAAGUUAGGCACCCAGGCGUUGGUGAAUCUAUUAGGAGGGAUUUCGUAUUAAUUAACUUGUUUGCAAAAGUUUCAAAAGUCUUCCCGACUUUGAAGUGGUUAAGACUGGAUGAAAGCAUACAGCAGUUUGCGGUCUUUAUGAUGUCUCAGGUUGAUCUUUCUAGGGAAGCAGCUAACUUAAGUCGGUUCAUAUACAACUUCCGCAGAUGGAAGGAUGUAUCAUUUCCCAGACCUCUAUAUCCUUUGGUGCAUCCAGCAGUUUUAGUGGAAACUUAUGAAGAUGGUGAAAAUGUCUUGCGCUACAUUGAAGAGCUUGAAGAACAUAUUAAAGAGCUCGACGGACGUGAGAGUGUCAGAAGUGCCCUUGCGCACAUUGGGACUCAUGCACUACUAAAGAUGAUGUUGGUGGACAAUUUCAUACAUGCAGACAUGCAUCCUGGGAACAUUCUUGUUAGAACACCGCAAGACAGAGGUUCAGGUAAAGGACUUUUCAAAUCGAGGCCUCAUGUGGUCUUCCUAGAUGUGGGUAUGACUGCUGAGCUAUCUAAUAAGGAUCGACUCCUUCUGCUGGAGUUCUUUAAGGCUGUGGCACUUCGAGAUGGCCGCUCUGCCGCAGAAUGUACUCUUGGACUAUCUAAACAACAGAGCUGUCCGAACCCAGAGGAAUUCAUCAAGGAAGUGGAGGGAACUUUUGACUUUUGGAGAACACCUGAAGGGGGUGGCAUUCAUCCGGCGGAUUGCAUGCAACAAUUGCUUGAGCAAGUUAGACGUCAUCGGGUGAAUAUUGAUGGCAACAUUUGCACUGUGAUUGUGACUACUUUGGUGUUGGAGGGAUGGCAGCGAAAACUGGAUCCGGAAUACGAUGUGCUGCAGACAUUGCAAAAGUUGCUUUUCAAAGAAGACUGGGCGGAGUCUCUCUUUCACACAAUUGGAGGACUGAUGGCCCCUUAAAAAAGUCUCAUUUGCUUGCUUCUGCUCCCGACCCCAACGUAGGGGAAACGAUUCCACAAUUUUGAUGGAGUAAUAUCUCGUAAAGGAAAGAUAAUAUACACAACAUCUGGUAUUAUAAGAGAAUAAGGAUGAAAUGCCUUUAAAAAAAAACUGCGAUUAGUUUAGCUCUAACCUUGAAUUCUUGUUAUUUUUUCUUAUUCUUGAUCACUGUGUGAGAAUAAAUAUCAAGAAUGUAUUGAUGAGAGAGUUCUGGGAUUGACGCCGUAUGUCUCACGGUAGGCUGAUGCAUCCAAUUCCGUGAUCAAACCCGUGGAAAUGUGAGGGAAAUUUUGUAAUCCAACUUUUACUUCCCCAAUGAUUGUGUAGUAAGUACUUUCAUAGCGAUCUGAAGAUUCUGCGACAAAUCUCAACUCUUCUUUUGAUACUAUUUGCAAUGGUUAAUACCUUCUCUUACGGGUAAUCUUGUCUCUUAUGGAACUUAUAUUCAACUAGUUGAGGAGUAGUUUUAUGAACUGUUCAGCUAUGCAACAUGGGGAAGAUCCUUCUGAUGUGUAAUGAGUAAUCCCUCCUCUUAUGGGUAAUAUUGUAUCCCUUGAGGACAUUAUAUUCAAUAUAAUUUGGUAUAUUGCUUGA